AUGGAUCUGCAUGUUAGGGUUCCAUGGGAACUAGAGGAAGAAAUACUCUCUCGUCUUCCACCUAAAUCUCUUGUUCGAUUCAGAGCCGUGUCGAAAAAAUGGAACUCUCUAAUCAACGAAAAGAGUUUCAUCAACAAGCACUUAUCUCUCUCCCGUCCCCAGUUCAUCUUCCUAACCAAAUCAAAGGUUUAUUCUAUAGACAUCAUCAAUCAAAGGAUAGAUCUGCGUGAGCUACACUCUUCUUGCAGGGAUAUAAAUUUGGAAUACGGAGCCGAUAUCACUACUUACGAUGAUAUCUUGUUCUGUAAAUAUCCAUUCGAUUCUAAGAAGGGGAUAGCGCUCUGGAAUCCACAGUUGAGACAUGUUAACUUGAUCAAGUUGUCCGUGGACAGAGACUUCGAAGUUUUCGGUUUAGGAUACGACAAUAGUAGACCCCAAAAGGUUCACAAGAUUUUACUCUACUUAAGUUACUUCCCCCAACCCCAGAAAAUUGCGAUCUACGAGUGUGCCUCGCAAGCGUUGAGGUUUAUUGAUACACCUGGCGAUAACAUGUCCAUAUCUGAAAUAGAUAAACGGUCACAUGUGUUGUCCUUGUCUGGAAAUUUGUAUUGGAUUUCUUACAACUACCUGACUGGUGAGUAUUUCAUCCGAAGCUUUGAUUUCACUAAGGAGAUUUUCAAACCCUUUUGUCUCCUUCCCGCACAAGAUAAACUAUCUUGCGAUGAACAUCUCCUUGCGGUUUGUAAAGGAGGUCGGUUUUCGCUGUUAAAGCAAUGUUAUUUAACAAAGAAGAUUGAGAUUUGGGUAACUAAGAAUAAGAUUGAUGAUAAAGAGGAAGUGGUUUGGAUAAGCUUGAUGACUUUGACAGCAACUAACUUGCCAAAGUUGUUUUAUAAGAUGUAUGGCGUUAGUUACUUCAUCUAUGAUAAGACCCUAUUCUUGUGUUGUGGCGACGAUAAAAGUAGACAGCCUUGCAUUUACAUAGUGAAGGGAGACAUGUGCAAUAAGAUUCAGAUAAGGUAUGGCAAGACCAGUUGGUUUUCUCACUGUGCCUAUGUUCCAAAUUUGAACUCGGUUCCUUUUACAAUUUCAGACUGA